UGGGGCGGGGCGCGGCGCCGGGAGGGGAGCGGCCGCAGGCGGCGGCGGCGGGCACCGGCUGAGUGAGCAGGUAGCGCGGCGGAGGUGGCCGGGCCGCCCCCAGGGGGCGAGCGCACAGGCGGGGGCCCCUGUCCGCCGCGCCCCCAGGCUGCGGUGAGCACUCGAGCUCCUGGCACUCGCCGCGCCAGCAGCAAGCAGCCAGCUCUCUCCGCCCCGCCAGCCCGGGCCCUACCUGCGGCCACUGUCGGGGGAGGGGGUCCCCCAGCUCUGCGGAGCCGCAUGAACAAUAGGCGGCGGCGGCUCCUGCGGGUGGCGGCGGCCCCGCACCCUAUGGAUCGGCCGCUCCAUGGAGCCCUCCAGAGCGCUUCUCGGCUGCCUGGCGAGCGCCGCCGCUGCAGCCCCGCCGGGGGAGGAUGGAGCGGGGGCCGGGGCCGAGGAGGAGGAGGAAGAGGAGGAGGAGGCGGCGGCGGCCCCCGGGGAGCUGGGCUCCGACGCGCCGCUGCCCUACUGGACCGCCGUGUUCGAGUACGAGGCGGCGGGCGAGGACGAACUGACCCUGCGGCUGGGCGACGUGGUGGAGGUGCUGUCCAAGGACUCGCAGGUGUCCGGCGACGAGGGCUGGUGGACCGGGCAGCUGAACCAGCGGGUGGGCAUCUUCCCCAGCAACUACGUGACCCCGCGCAGCGCCUUCUCCAGCCGCUGCCAGCCCGGCGGCGAGGACCCCAGUUGCUACCCGCCCAUUCAGUUGUUAGAGAUUGACUUUGCGGAGCUAACCCUGGAAGAGAUUAUUGGCAUCGGGGGCUUUGGGAAGGUCUAUCGUGCUUUCUGGAUAGGGGAUGAGGUCGCCGUGAAAGCAGCUCGCCACGACCCCGAUGAGGACAUCAGCCAGACCAUAGAGAAUGUUCGCCAGGAGGCCAAGCUCUUCGCCAUGCUGAAGCACCCCAACAUCAUUGCUCUCAGGGGGGUGUGUCUGAAGGAACCCAACCUCUGCUUGGUCAUGGAGUUCGCUCGUGGAGGACCUUUGAACAGAGUGCUAUCUGGGAAGAGGAUUCCUCCCGACAUCCUGGUUAACUGGGCUGUGCAGAUUGCCAGAGGGAUGAACUACUUACACGAUGAGGCGAUUGUCCCCAUCAUCCACCGCGACCUUAAGUCCAGCAACAUAUUGAUCCUCCAGAAGGUGGAGAAUGGAGACCUGAGCAACAAGAUCCUGAAGAUCACUGACUUCGGCCUGGCUCGGGAGUGGCACCGAACCACCAAGAUGAGCGCGGCAGGGACAUAUGCUUGGAUGGCCCCUGAAGUCAUUCGUGCCUCCAUGUUUUCCAAAGGCAGCGAUGUGUGGAGCUACGGGGUGCUGCUUUGGGAGCUACUGACUGGUGAGGUGCCCUUCCGAGGGAUCGAUGGCCUGGCAGUCGCUUAUGGAGUGGCCAUGAACAAACUCGCCCUCCCCAUCCCUUCUACAUGCCCAGAACCUUUUGCCAAACUCAUGGAAGAUUGCUGGAAUCCUGACCCCCAUUCACGACCACCCUUCACAAAUAUCCUGGACCAGCUAACUACCAUAGAGGAGUCUGGUUUCUUUGAAAUGCCCAAGGACUCCUUCCACUGCCUGCAGGAUGACUGGAAACAUGAGAUUCAGGAGAUGUUUGACCAACUCAGGGCCAAAGAAAAGGAGCUCCGCACAUGGGAGGAGGAGCUGACGCGGGCUGCGCUGCAGCAGAAGAACCAGGAGGAGCUGCUGCGACGCCGCGAGCAGGAGCUGGCCGAGCGGGAGAUCGACAUCCUGGGACGCGAGCUCAACAUCAUCAUCCACCAGCUGUGCCAGGAGAAGCCGCGGGUGAAGAAACGCAAGGGCAAGUUCCGCAAGAGCCGGCUGAAGCUCAAGGACGGGAACCGCAUCAGCCUCCCUUCGGAUUUCCAGCACAAGUUCACGGUGCAGGCCUCCCCCACCAUGGAUAAAAGGAAGAGCCUCAGCAGCAGCCGCUCCAGCCCUCCUGCAAGCCCCACCAUCAUCCCUCGCCUUCGAGCCAUCCAGUUGACACCAGGUGAAAGCAGCAAAACCUGGGGCCGGAGCUCAGUCAUCCCAAAGGAGGAAGGAGAGGAGGAAGACAAGAGGGCUUCCAAGAAGAAGGGACGGACGUGGGGGCCGGGGACGCUGGGUCAGAAGGAGCUUGCCUCGGGCGAUGAAGGAUCCCCUCAGAGACGUGAGAAAGCUAACGGGUUAAGUACCCCAUCAGAAUCUCCACAUUUCCACUUGGGCCUCAAGUCCCUGGUAGAUGGAUACAAACAGUGGUCGUCCAGUGCCCCCAACCUGGGGAAGGGCCCUCGGAGCAGCCCGGCCCUGCCGGGGUUCACCAGCCUUACGGAGAUGGAGGAUGAGGACAGCGAAGGCCCAGGGAGUGGGGAAAGUCGUCUACAGCAUUCACCCAACCAGUCCUACCUCUGUAUCCCAUUCCCUCGUGGAGAGGAUGGGGAUGGCCCCCCCAGUGACACAGCCCACGAGGAGCCCACCCCAGUCAACUCAGCCACCAGUACCCCUCAGCUGACGCCAACCAACAGCCUCAAGCGGGGCGGCGCCCACCACCGCCGCUGUGAGGUGGCUCUGCUUGGCUGUGGCGCUGUUCUCGCAGCCACAGGCCUAGGGUUUGACCUGCUGGAAGCUGGCAAGUGCCAGCUGCCUCUCCCAGAGGAGCCUGAGCCACCAGCCCGGGAGGAGAAGAAGAGGCGCGAGGGACUUUUUCAGAGGGCCAGUCGUCCUCGACGGAGCACCAGCCCCCCAUCCCGGAAGCUCUUCAAGAAGGAGGAGCCCAUGCUCUUGCUAGGAGACCCCUCUGCCUCCCUGACGCUGCUGUCUCUCUCCUCCAUCUCCGAGUGCAACUCCACACGCUCCCUGCUGCGUUCCGACAGCGAUGAGAUCGUGGUGUAUGAGAUGCCCGUCAGCCCGGUGGAGGCCCCACCCCCGACCCCUUGCACCCACAACCCCUUGGUCAACAUCCGAGUGGAGCGCUUCAAACGGGACCCUCACCAAUCUCUGACUCCCACCCACGUCACCCUCACAGCCCCCACGCAGCCCAGUGGUCACCGGCGGACCCCUUCUGACGGGGCCCUCAAGCCAGCGGCUCUCCUGGCCAGCAGGAGCCCCUCCAGCAACGGGCUGGGCCCCAGCCCCGGAGCAGGAAUGUUGAAAACCCCCAGCCCCAGCCGAGACCCAGGUGAAUUCCCCCGUCUCCCUGACCCCAAUGUAGUUUUCCCCCCAACCCCGAGGCGCUGGAACACACAGCAGGACUCCGCCUUGGAGAGACCCAGGACCCUGGAGUUCCUGCCUCGGCCGCGUCCUUCCGCCAGCCGGCAACGGCUGGACCCCUGGUGGUUUGUGUCCCCCAGCCACGCCCGUAGCGCCUCCCCGGCCAACAGCUCCAGCACAGAGACACCCAGCAACCUGGACUCCUGCCUUGCUAGCAGCAGCAGCACUUUGGAGGAGCGGCCUGGGCUCCCCGCCCUGCUCCCGUUCCAGGCGGGGCCGCUGCCCCCCACCGAGCGGACGCUGUUGGACCUGGACGCCGAGGGCCAGAGUCAGGACAGCACUGUGCCACUGUGUAGAGCUGAACUGAGCGCACACAGGCCUGCCUCUUAUGAGAUCCAGCAAGAGUUCUGGUCUUAGCAUGGGAAGGCUCAGGGUGGGCAAGGGGGACGCAGGAGGAGAUGGGGGAGCUGGCUGGCACAGCCCUUUCUCAGAGUUGGACCCCUGAGAUCCAGUCCCACUUCUUGCACUGAUAAUGCACUUUGAAGACGGAAGGGAUGGAAGCAGAGCCACUUCAGAGGGUCGCUAGCCCUGCAGGGCCUUUUACCUGUGUCCACUGGAGGGGCUGUGGCUAUCAGCUCUGGCUGUAGGGGAGGGGGGUACGUGCAUGUCCCCCACCCUCCACAGUCUUCCUCGCCUUUAGGGUGACCCUGUGGCGUCACUCAGCCAAAUCUGUCUGCUGCUCCCUCUCCUCAGCCCCCUGGGUAUGCCCAGGGCCUGUCCUGGGGGCCCUGUUAGCCCUGAGUUCAGCCUUCCCAAGCAUCAGUAUUGGAUGUUCUGUGAUUGAUUUUAUUUCUCUUCCACAUUCUUCCCCAACACCCAUGAAUCAGAAUCUUGUUUGAUGUGAGCUUUUCUGUGUCCUAAGCCCUUCCAUGCCAGCUGGGGGACGGAUGGACCCGGCACUACCUCCCUGCACUUCCAGGUGCCCACCUAUUUAUGUGAGCCUGCCCGUGGUAGGGGAGCUGCCUCAGUGAGAGCUGGGGGCAGGAAGGGUGUUAGGGAAAGUACAGUUAGGUGCAGUAAAGACGGUAACGGAGCCUGUCCAUCCUUGUUCCUUUUGGCACCCAUCUCCUCCCUGGGGUCCACAUAUGGUCAGGCCAGGUUCCGAUACAAACAUAAGCUCAUCCCACGACCAGUUGCUUGGGAUGCCAGAGACCAAGUUCCUCCGUUUGUCCCUUUUGUUGUCUGAUCUUUAUGUGUCAUUCCCUUCCCGCGAGCUUUCCUCCAGUCCCUGGAAAUAGUGGACUUUGGGUUCCGUAUUUGGUUGGUAGAUACCUCUGCAUUGCACCAGAAUAGCAUAUGGGGUGGGGGUGGGGGAUCCUCGACACUGGGGGUUGGAACUGGGCAAGGGUGUUCCUUCUCAGCCAGGCCAUCCAUUCUGAAAUGCCCGUGAAGCAAAACAGAGCCCUUAGUAGUACCUUCCGUGAAUGGAUGAGUGCGGCGGCGAUGAUUGUAAGGUGCUCCGUGAGCCACCAAUGUACAGUAACCUCCAAGUCCCGGCACUGGCCACUGGCCAAGGCUCUUGUCUCUGUGCACAGAUGGCCCCAAUGCUGGACUCUGGAGCCAGGUAGGAAGGACAACAGUGGCCAACCCUGACUUUUCUGGAAUUUGAUUCCUUGACUUGAAUGUUGAGCUUCUUCUGGAGCUUUCUCUUACGUGUCUUCACUACUCCACUCACUCUGAGGCCUCCUGCAUCAGUGAGGCCUCCUGCGUCCGUGGGAACAGCUGUCUCUGAGUGGGGGAAACAGCGUGAUUGGGACUAGAGUCCUUAGGUCCUGCUCCUCCCCCCUCAAGACUCUGUGUUGCUCCACCGCCUUUUAUCGUGGAACGUUCCUCUGGAGAUGUUGGUGGCCAGCCUGCAGGCUCCUUGCUCUUGCUGCCUGAAUGUCAGAACAGGGAGAGCGGUGAAGCAGGUCCAAGUGAUAGAUAUGGUCACUGCUCUCUCUCUGCACCUGUGACAGACAUCCUGCCGUGGGGAUGGCUUUCAAAUCGUUCCUUGUUUUAUGAGCCCACUGGCACUUUGGUUCAAGGGCCCCACCUAGUCUUGGAUGGGGAGGCACUAUUGGUUUUGUGGCCCAGGGUUUGUUGUUGCAUCUCAUCCUCUCUUUGUCUUUGUUCAGUGAAGCCUACAUGUAGGAGAUGAUUUUUGCCCCGAUUCCCCACUCCUUAGCUAGGAGGGAUAAACUGUGAGUCCAGCCAGGACUUCUCUUCAUUCCUGGUGGGAGAGGGACACAGGUGGUCUGUUCUCUGCCCCUACCUGAACUCUGCAUAGCUCCAGUCCCAGCCACCAACACACCUGUAAGCCACAAAGCGGCUCUCGGGGGGAGGUGGGUGCAGCCUGCAGCGUGAUCCAAACCAUGCCGACUCUGGAUGGCGCUCUGUGGUGUGAGGCAGGGAUGCUUCCUUUGCUCAUGUUCUACCUUUAGCCAUUUUGUUAGGUGGUAGCCAUCUUUCUUGGAAGUGUAACCAAUACAGCAUAAACCGAGUGACGGCCACUUGCCACUGAGUGACAGUUGAACCCCGCUCUUACUUCUCCAUCCAGGAGGGAGCCAGAGGCUGGGUCUCUGCUGAGGAAAGCACUGUAACUGCCAGGGGCAGCAGCGGGGUUCUUCUGAAAAUGCUUCCGUGAGUUUCCAUGAUGAUGAAGGAGCUACCGUCUCUCUCUGCUGGGCCCCUGGGAUAAGGAUCCUAUAGGGUAGCAGGUUUGAGGUACUUUCUGUCUAUUCAGGUUCCCUGGCCUCUGUGGUCAUGGCCAGGCUCAGGCCUUGAACCUGGGGACCAGGCUUCCUCUGCGACAGCAAUAGCCUCCCUUUCCCCUUUUCUCUCUCCUCAGAGACUUCCCCUUACUCUUGGCUGGUGCUCACUACAUGGACGAUGCUGAUAGGAAACAGACCCUGUUCUCUGCCCCUUAUCCUUAGAGCUGUUGGCUCCUUCCACUGAUGCUAAACAGAUUAGCCUUCAUUUACCUCCUGGGGCAUCCAGGCCACUGCUGGGGCUGAGUAGAUGUCCUAGAUAUCCUCAUAUGUUAUUUCUAAGAGACGUUGGUAUGUGCUCUUAACUUCCCAUCCUUUAGUUACCUGAGGGUUUGGUGGUGGUUGUUGAUGAUGAUGAUGAUGAUGGUGGUGCUACCUUAUAUUUGCAUGACUCGGAAUAUUGCUAACCUUUCCUCCUGACCUAGUACAAAAUUACAUCACUUUCCUUCUACAUUUGAUGCCCUUGCUGGUAGAGAAGGGGAAAUGCUUGAAGACAAAGGUUCAAGUGAAGAGAAAUGAAAAAAGCUGCUUGGGUGGAUUUCUGAGUCGGGCACCAGGCUCUGAGCCCUGAACACGUUGGCUCUGUUCCUCACUCUGCUUCUGCCGUCUGACCUCGGGCUUGUCUCUUCACUCUCAGAUUUCCUUCCUGCAAAGGCCGCCGUCCCCGCUUCCCUCCCAAGGGCAGUGAGCACAGGAUCAGCAGGUCAGUGAGGACGGACUGCUGAGGUUGGCAGUGUGGUUCUCCCCCUUUCCUUCUAGGGACUUGCCUGCCAUCUCCUUCUUUGUCUUCUGGAAGAGGAGUGAUUGGAGGUUGGCUUUGCGUGACUAACAGGGCCCAUGGUCAGGCCCGUGCUCUUCUACUGCAUUUAUGUAGCACCUGAUGUUUACAAGCCUCCUUCCAAAUUCCCCCACUUACCGUGCCCGGCUGAUCGUCUCCACCACUAGUGUCUCCAGAGGAGGAAGUGGCUGGGGGCAGCAUCGGAAUGACAGCGUGGGGUCUCUGAUUUCUUGGAGUCCCUCCCAGAGUCUUAUUUGUUCAGAGACUGGAAUCAGGCCACUUCCUGGAGGAACCUUCGGGACAGGUCAGCUGGCCUGUGGGACAUGUGUCAUGGUGUGGGCUUCCUCACACAGCCCUUUUCCCUCAGACCACGAUUGCUCAGGGACAUGGUGGGGCACUGAAGGGCAGCGAGGCCUGAUUUUUCUUUUUUUUUUUUUUUUUUUUAUUUCAGAGAGGAAGGGAGAGGGAAAGAGAUAGAAACAUCAGUGCUGAGAGAGAAUCAUUGAUCGGCUGCCCCCUGCACAACACACACUGGGGAUUGAGCUCAAAAUCCGGGCACGUGCCCCAACUGGGAAUCGAACCAUGACCUCCUGGUUCAUAAGUUGAUGCUCAACCACUGAGCUAGGCUGCCAGCUGGGCAAGGCCUGACUUCUUGUCAACACUCUUGCUCCAAAGCCCCCCCAUUGAGCCCCCCUACCUCCCCUGCAAGGAGGGAGACACCUCCUGAGCACCCCUAACUCUUCAAGCUUGCUGUUAACAGCUCACAGGGCAGUGGGUACUGAAGACUGGAUGGCUGUGAAUGGUUCACUUCUGGCAGGCCCCUCAGCGCAGAACAGGACCUUUUCCUUUCAUUAAGCCUUUGACUCAGGUGUGUAGCAUCCUCAGGCAGGUCAGAAACACUCCAUUGCCAUUUAAAAAAAAAAAA